AUAAUAUGAAAAAUUUUACAAAUUACAAAUUACAUAUCUUAUUCGGCCGUACGCCUUACGGUAUGCCGAGGAUUCAAACAUCGAUUUCCAAUGCGAAAAUAACGUUUGUUGCAAUCGCUUACUGUCCCUUUAUACAGGUACGAUUACAAGAAUCGAUAAAAACCUUUAUUAUUGCGACAUUUGAAGGAAACAUUUCGAUUGCAGUACGAAUAGCAAAUCACACUCGCCUGUCACACGGCGUACUGUUCCAGUACGAAUUACCACUUCGAUAAUUUAUUGUGAAUAGCUUUUCAUUAGUCCUUCCAUUCUGCCUUCAUGAUCUGAGCAAUAGUGGGAAAUUUAAGAACACUGAUGGCAACUUCAAUUUCUAAUGUAUCCGAUGGAGAGAGAAGAUGGGUAGUUGUGGGUAUUUGUCUAUCCAAGGUUCUUGCACCUGCCUUAAGAAACGUUCUUGCAACUGAAUUGCAGAAGUGGUAUAAUCAGUUGUGUCAGCCACCUGAUGAAAUUGACAAGCAAGUUUAUCCUAGAGAGAAGAAAAACCUACCACCUUCAAAACUUGCGUUACAAUACAAGAACAUCAACAACAAUCAUGUUCACAAAUCGCCCAGUCGCUACGACUAUAAAGUUAACGACGCUUUGUCUUUGGCAAAGUUGUUUGUGAAACCAUUUAUGGCAAUGUUUACUGGUUUUGAUGAUACAAUGGAUAUGUCUGCAAUUCUGGCUGUGAUGUGUGAAGCAAAACCAUUCACCCUGUCUGGUGCAGCAGCUGAUGCAAAGAAGAUAAGGUCUGAUAUACGAAACAAGUGGGCUCAUUGUAACUUCUCUGAUUGGACCAAAGCCAUGUUCAAUGCUGCAAUUCACGACAUGGAGAGUUUGUUAAAAAAGAUGAAUAUGUCAGUCGCUGAUGAAAAAAGCUUGUGCGAUGAUCUAAAAAACUGGCAGCACAAAGGCUUGGCGUUGUGUUUUGGACAGUCUGUUGAUUCUGAACUUUUAAAAUUGGUUACAAAUGAAGUUUGUGAACUUCGUGGUUCUGUUAAAACAUGGAAGUUUGAAAGUGAUACGCAGAUUGAUGAGUUGUCCGACAAUCUUGGGAAAAUAUAUUCUAGCAUGAAUGAAGAGUUACGAGAGCUGACCAGGAGAAUUGAAAGAUGCGAGAAGUUGGAAUCAGAAAACUCAAAAAUGCUUAGCCUACUUGACAACAAGUUUAGCAAAGAACUCUCGCAAUUUUCCAGCAAACAAGAUGAAGAGAUUCCUUACGUUUUUGAUGCUCCCAAUAGAAACAAGUAUUUCUCUGGUCGAACUGAAGAGCUUGAAGAUCUUCAACGUAUUCUAAAGCAACACGAUACUGAGCUGGCAAAAAAAGCUUGUGUAGCUGCAGUCUGUGGUAUGGGAGGCAUUGGAAAAACAAGUCUUGUAACUGAGUAUGCUCACCAAAUGAAGAAUUAUUACCAAGGUGGUGUGUAUUGGUUCUCAGCAGAAGAUGAAAUGUUCUUUGAGCAGUCGGUGAAUAACACUGCUUUGAAACUUGGUGCUUCACUUGGGAAUUUCGAGUUGACGUUGACAAAUACACUUAUAAGGAUUAGCAAGACAAAUAAACCAUGUUUAAUCGUCUUGGAUUGCCUGGAUCAACUGAAUAUCUCCCGCAAUGUACUAAAAUUCCUUUCCAUCGUGUGUAGACAUAGUGCCUCAGCAGCUGUUGUUUUGAUGACCAGGAGAAACAAAAGUGUGCUGGUUGAAGAAGUUUCAAGUCUACACGAAGAUCGCUGUUUUACUCUGAAAUGUCCGAAUGUCGAUGAAUCAAAGCAGUUCUUAUUUCUUAGGACUGGGUUGACUAAUGACCAAAACGCAAACAGUAUCGCUGAAAGUCUCGUUGAGGAGCUUGGAAGACUACCAUUAGCUCUAGAACAAGCAGGUGCUUGUAUCAAAGCGCUCAGUUGCAGUUUGUUCGAGUACCACGAGCAGUACAAGACAGAACGCUUAAAGUUGUUAGAAAUACAAAAAGCCAAGCCAGCAUCAUUCUAUGAAUCAUCGGAACGCCUGGCUAUUCACACGACCUGGUUGUUAAAUAUCAAGCACAUCAGAGAAAGCUCUAAUGGGGCUCAUGCGAUCCGACUUAUGAAUGCCUUCGCAUUUUUUAAUGCAAAUGAGAUCGAGCCAGAGUUGGUGAACAUCGGUGAGCGCCCGAUUGAAGACAAAGAAUUUCAUGAUUGUAUGAACUCGCCUCUCGGUUGUCGUCAAGUUGUUAAACUGUUGACUGAUUUCUCACUUUUCACAUACGUCAAUACGCGCUCUAUCACUGUCCAUCGCUUAGUGCAGGAAUUAGUCAGAGAAAAUCUUGAUCCUAGCGAGAUGAAAGUUGGGAGUUUUGUUGAUGCUGUUCAAUUGCUCUCUUAUGCCUUCUUAAAAUGCUCAUCUCCAAAAAAUCUUUCAAGCAAUGCUGCUCCUGAAGAACGCCUGAAAACUAAUUUUUCUAACAACCCUUGUCAUUAUUACUUGUGGUCUAAACUUUGUUUUCACGGCUUUCAUCUUCAACAGCAUACAGAAAAAUUGCUUCAAAAUCUUGAUCUCAAAUGUUUAAAAUUCCUCUUUGUUCUCGAAACAAGCAAAAUUUUUUAUGAAUGUGCUAUCCACCUGAGUGCUAACAUGAGACAGGAAGAAGCAAAACGUUUUCUUAAUUUUUCUUAUCGAAUACUAGAUUGGAUUCCUUCUUCCGAGUAUGACAUGUUGCAGACGGGUUUAUCGGAUAGUUCUUUAUUCCCUCUUGAUAUUCCUUUACAAAAGUGGGUUCAAAUAUCGAUAAGAAAAAGUUGCGCACCCUACAUGAUUUCCCCUGAACCUCUUGAUGAAAAGCCUGAUAUGGUAAAUAAGGUUUCAGGAUCUAUUCAGUUGAAGGAUAACGUUGAAAAGCUUAGGUUGCAGGGAAAUGAGAGUUUUAAAGACGGUCAAUUUCAACGAGCAGUCGAUGCUUAUUCUUCUGCCAUUGACAUCAGCAGAGGAACAAAUUACUUUAACCCAUUAAUGCUUACUAACCGUGCUUCGGCUUACAUUAAGCUCAACAAGCUUGAUAAUGCCUUGAAGGAUGCUAAUGAAUACAUUGCUCGAUUUCCUGAUUGCUGGAAGGGUUAUGCUAGAAAGGCGUUAGCUCUUACUGAGAAAGUCAGCGCUGAAAUAGCAGCUGCUAUCGCCUAUUAUAAUUUUUACCUAAAAAAUGGUAGAUGUUUAUUUUCAGAAUAUCAGCCAUUCAGAAACGUUUUCUCUGACUUAAAGCAACGUAUUUACAUUUGUAAUACUGUAUCACAGUUGUUGGACGCAUUGUCCGAUACUUGCCGCUCUCAGCAAAUUAUAAUCCUUGCAUCGAAAGAGUAUUUAAUUACAUCUCCAGGGAUAGUCGUACAUGUUGUGAAAAACUGUAUCAUUGUUGGUGCAAAUCCUUCUGUUACCGUGAAACUAGAGAAGAAUGCUUCGUGGAACAUUUUAGGAAAAUGUAUGCUAACUAAUCUUUCGUUAAUUUUUGCUUUUAGAAAAAGUCAACUCUUCACUUUUUCUGGUUCUUGGACGAAAAUAGUCAAUUGCCAUUUUUCGUCCAAAAGUGAUUUAUCACCUGCUGUCGGAAGUAGGGGUGCAUUUCAUGCAGAGCUGUGUAAGUUCACUAACUGUAACGCUUGUGGGUUGCUUUGCGUGGGACCAGGCAAUAUGGUAGUUGAUAACUGCACAUUUUCAAAUAAUGGGAAAGCUGGAUUAGAAGUGCGUGAAAAUGGUAUGUUGAUAGUGAGAAAUAGUCGUAUGUAUCACAACAGUCUACAUGGAUUGCUAAUAGGACCUAACGCGGCAAAGUGUGGAGCAUUUAACUGUCAAAUUUAUCGCAAUGCUUACGAAGGUAUUGCAGUCCUGGAUGCUUCCAAGUGCGUCACUCUCGUAAGAAAUCAAGUUUUUGAAAACGACAGCGGUGGUGUAUUUGUAAGAAACUCGGACGUUGAUAUGAGAGAGAACAAGUUCUUUGAUAACGAAUCUUGGGGUAUUUGGUCGCAAACUAAUUCUUGGUGCCACCUGUCUAUGAAUGAGAUCUUCCGUAACAAACGUGGUGGAGUUCGUGUUGGAAAGAGGCUAAGUGGAAAAGAAUUUCCUUGUUCUGUAGUUAAAUUGAACAAAGUGUAUAAUAACCUUGGCCCUGGUAUUGUUGACACUAUUAAUGACUUAGACAGCCGUCUUGAUGGAAGCGAUACAGACGUAUCUAAAACGCACGACGCUUACAAAUCUGCAAAAUAUGAUGAGAAUGUGGAAUAUAAUAACGAAGAAAGAAUUAUUUCCAACAAACCAAAAUUGUCUCCAUUAUGGUGUUCUGGGUGCUUCGGAAAAUGCGAAAGUUUGAAACUCUGCGGGAAGUGUUUCACUGCAGGUUAUUGCAAUGCGGAUUGCCAAAAAUGUCACUGGUCAAAACACAAAAAAUUGUGCCCAGUUUUAAGAGAGAAAUCUAGCUUCUUGAUCACUUCUAUGAAGAGAUUUGGUUUUGACGGGUUUGUUAAUGUUCAUGCGAAAGAUCUUGCAGAAGUUGGUCCAAACUCUAGUCCUCCUCCACCACGAGAUGGUAAAAGAUUCAUUGUUAAAUUACAAACAAAUUGUGAUGCCGUGGUAUUUGGUGAACGGCACAUGCUUGUGAUUUAUGACCGCAGUCUUCAUUUGCACGAAAGCAUUCAAACUGAAUUCAUUGACCGUCAUGUGAAUGAGUUUGGCGUCCUUUGCGAAAGAAAAUAUCGAGAGAAAAAACUGUUUCUUCACUGCUUAUUCGAAAAGAAUGGAAAGCCUCGGUUGUUUAUCAAUCAAUUUGCCGACUUUCAGAUUUGGUAAGAAAUAAUGUGACUGUGCAAACAUUAUUCGUGAAUGGGCUCCAUUUCAAAAUGAACAAUUAUUCGCUGUAGUCGUGAUAAAUAUGGGUGAUAUAAAAAUCUCGUGAUUUAAUAUAACUAUUUUAGCAAAAUUACGUAAUUUUGCUAUCGAUGUUUUAUGCGAAAUAACUAACGUUAAAACAAAAUUAAACAACGGUAAAAAGUUGGGGGUUUUCGCAUAGCUAAUUUUAAGAAUUUUUUAUCACUGCACAUAUCAUCACAAUAGCGUAGUGGAGAGAGGGGACAUGAUAAAAAUGGUCCUAAAUGGAAAUUGGUGAUUUGAAGAUGGGGAAAUUGUAUGGGGUCUGCAGGACCUCAUGCAGAAAAUUUUCUGUAUUUUUGAGUCCCUAUGACUUCAUUUCCAGCAUUUUGGGGGACAAUUACUUAUGAAUCCACCUUGGCAGAGUGAGGUCUGUU